CACUGUCCAGUCAGGACGGUGGGGCGCGAAGCAUCUCCCAAUCAACAGCCAGAUGGAAGAGAGUGCCAGGAGCACCGUCCAGUCAGAGCACGCUCCCAGCCCGUGAGCGGGUAGUUCUCGGCCAGCCGUGCUGCUCCUGCGCACCUGCGCCGUGUGGGCCCAGGUGUCGGUUCCUCGUACCUCUCACCUGCGCGGGCUGCGGCAAGGACGCCUGGGAGAGCCGGGAGCCCGGCAGAGAUGAACUCGGUGGUCUUUGAGGAUGUGGCCGUGGACUUCAAUCUGGAGGAGUGGGCUUUGCUGGAUUCUGCUCAGAGGGAGCUCUACAGAGAUGUGAUGCUGGAAAACUUCAGAAACCUGGCCUCAGUGGAGGAUGAGACUCAAUUUAAGGCCAAUGGGUCAGUUUCUCAGCAGGAUAUUUAUGGGAAUAAAAUAUCCAAGGAGCAUAAAAUAUCAAAGUUCACUGGAAAUGAUUCCUUAGCCUCCGUCUUAGGAAAAAUUUGGGAAGAACUCAGCCUUGAAGAUCAGCACAUAGAUCAAGGGAGACAUCUGAGAGAUCACGUGGUGGAGAGACUCCAUGAAAGUAAUGAUCAAUGUGGGGAAGGCUUCAGUGAGACUCCAAAUCUUAACCUGUACCAGAAAACUCUUACUGGAGUAAAAAGGAGGCAGUCAGUGUAUUGACAAGUUGGAGCCCAGCCAAGAGAAGAGAAGCCUAAGACUUCAGACCUCACGACAGUGCCUGCAUUCAGGGGCCUGAGUGCUGAUAAUUAUGAGUGAUGUCAAAAUUAUGGGUGGUGGCUCUUCCUCAACUGAUGUCACUGAUGUCACAAGACACCAGAACAGCCUUGCCUUCCCCAGAAAAGAGUGCCCUGGUCCUUCCUGCCUGUGAAGAGGCAGUUCUCAGCCCACUGUGGAAAUGAAUUAAUUGAAGUCCAGAAGGGUUUGGCUGUGAAUCUGCCCAGAUCGUAAAAGGUAUAAAGGGAUCAGGUGGCAUCUUCCUCCUGAAGGACAUCUGCUCCCACUGAAAAGCCAGAGGCACUGACUUAUACACCAGCCUCCUAGGGGCACUACACACAGCAGUCAUUUCUGCACCCUGUGGCAUGCAGACAGGCAUAACUGCCCAACCCCUGAGCAUGGAAUCUGAUGGCUUGCAGGGUCCCCCAAUAGCCUGGCUUUUGAGGAAGUGCAUCACUCCAUCAGCUUCCACACGCAGAGGUGUGAACAUAGGCUGCCACACUCCAAUGCAGGGGAUACGAUUUACCUGUUCAAUAAACAGCAGCAGAAUGAGAAUGCUUCAGAAUGGGAACACUCUCUCAGGAGGCUGGUAAGUAAAGUCAGCAGCUUUGGGCAUCCCUAAUUACUAAUUACCAAGAUACUCUGGUAUGUAGCACUGUCUCAAGACAAACUUUUAUCCACAGAUAAAAUUCAACUAACUCUUCCACCACUGUGUAUCAGGUGACAUUUAAAAGCCAUCAAAACCUGUAACAGUCUCACAACAGCAUUAAUAAGAAAAUGUGCUAUUUGAGCAUCCAUGAUGUGUGAAAUAUUUUGCACACCUGAGUUCAUUUAUGUCUCAUAAUAAAUCUCACAGUAGAUAUCAUUACAAUCGGUAUGUAGCAGGGGAAACUCAAAAGGACAGAAUCACUUAAUAAUAUGCUCAAUGUUACCCAAUUAGAACCUUGUAUGUAGGUCUGACUGCUUUAAAAGCCUAAAUGUCUAGCAGCUGCAUUUCUGUACAUACAUGUUACAGGAUGAUUAUGCCCAUUAUUCCUCAAAAUGUGUACAAUGACCUAGAGCAGAGAUCAGCAGACUUUGUCUGCAAAUGUCAGAGAGUACAUUGUUAGGCUUUUCUAGCCACAUGGUCUCUGUUACAACUGCUCAGGUAUGCCUUUGUCACACAGAAGUAGCCAGAGACAACACGUCAAAGAAUGGAUGUGGUGGUGUGCCAAUAAAACUUUAUUUAUGCAAGUAGGUGGCAGGCUGGGUUUGGCCUGUGGGCUGUAGUUUGCCAACACCUGAUCUACAGCAGUGCCAUUAAAUA